AUGAAUUGGCGUAGCCAUCUAUUCCUAUUGCUACAUCUGGUAGCACUAGAUACAGUAUUAGUAUUCGCUCGACGGGACCCACAAGGACAAAUUCCGUUCGUAUUCACUGCCAAAUUAUAUAAUGUGUCAUUAGAAGAGAACGCUCCCGGUACGGAAUUCGCGCGGUCAUCUGAUCAUGUACGUAUCGGAGUUCCGUUACCACAUAGUGAUGCGACUGUCAAAUUCAAAAUUGUCGAGGGAGAUCGACAGCAUCACUUUAAAGCACAUUCCCGUCAAGUGGGAGAUUUUGUAUUUUUACGUAUACGACAAAAAGAUCGAAUGGACACGCCGUUAAACAGAGAACUGAAGGACCACUAUGAUUUCCUGGUGAAGGCCACGUGUCGUCAAAAAGAGGCUGGUAAUUUGGAAGCGACUGCGAAAGUCCGUCUGACAAUAACUGAUCGUAAUGAUGCGAUGCCGAUUUUCACACUUGAAGCGGACCAGUAUGAGGCGACAAUUAGUGAUCAGACUGCUCCUUUCACUGAUGUGAUCCGAGUCGAAGCUUCUGACGCUGAUGAAGGUAUCAAUGGUCAGAUCUACUACUCGUUAGUGAAUCGUUCGGCGGAUUUCACAGUCGAUCCCAUAUCAGGUUGGAUUCGUACGUUACGACAUCUAAGAAGCGGUGUUUAUCAGUUGAAAGUGCGCUCUGAAGACCGAACCUCCCGGUUGUUCUAUAACGACCCCGACCAGAUUCAACCGGCUUGGUCGAAGGAUGUGGUGAUUACUGUAACCGAGUCGAAACGUCGUCAUCUGAAGUUAUUGGUGGCGAACAAGCCCAUAAACGGUUAUCGAUCGGAUGUUCAACAAUUAGCUGCAACAAUCCGAGUAGAUAUUCCGUCAAACGAGGCAUCGACAAGUGGACCAAUUCAUGUGGGAGUGGUGGAAGACGAUCUUAAGCACUGGUUUUCUUUAGUGGAGAGCGGAAAUUUGGAAUGGCAGUUGUACACGUUCAUUAACAGGGAUCGUUCAUUUCACCCAUCCAAAACAAACGUCACUAUAUCGGCUGGACAAGAGUCGAUCUCAAGUGGCAUGGUCAACACGACGGCGAAUAUCAAGAUCGAAGUUGGUGAGCCGCAUUCGAUUGUAUUUGACGAUGCAGCAGCCACGUUCCACGUGAAUGAAUCCGCUCCGCUUGGUUACGUGAUCGGAAAAGUGUCGGCUAGCGCAUUGUACAAACAGGAUGAGAAAAAUAUUAGGUACUAUUUGGAAAUGAGAGAUAAUGCGACGGUGCCCUUUGAAGUGUCCGAGAAGACUGGAGUGUUACGGGUGGCCCAGCUACUAGAUUAUGAAAAACAAAGGGAAUAUAGCUUCAAUAUACUAGGAAAGCUUGCUGGUUUUGGUGGUCAGAGCUCUAUAGUUGUGACAGUAUCCAUAAAAGAUUCGAAUGACCAUUCACCGGUUUGGGCUGCCAAGUGGAGUCGCCAAGGCCCAGUGGUUGUCCCUAAUGGUACUACCGUUGGCACAGUUCUUCUGAAGGUUGACGCCGUCGAUUUGGAUUCCGGCGAGAAUGCGCGCAUAGGCUAUAAAUUAUCGUCGGAUUCUCAAGUGCCGUUUGCUGUCAACUUUGAAACUGGAGAGAUCUCAUUGUCGGCUCCUUUGAAAGCGGGCGAUAAUGAAUGGAGUGUGGCUGUAUGGGCAGUGGAUGCUGGGCGACCUUUACCAAGAUCGACGGUGUUAAAUCUAGUUUUUUAUCGGAACGGAACGAAGGUACCAGCAAAACCCAAACCAGUCAUUGGAGCCGAACCAGUGAACAAACACGAGCCGGUGUUCGAGGAUUUCCAUGGACCUGUGGAGAUUGAAGAGGAUGUCGCUAUCGGAACGGUGAGUUUCCUUGCGUAA